UAUAUUAUAAAGGUCUGGACAAGCGAGGGGGACUUUUUCUUGGUUGAAGAUUUAUCGUUCGUGUCCCUGUGCAGCAUGAGAGAGCUGGUGAUAUUAGCAGCUUUGGUCUCGGCUCUACACGCAGCCAGCCUCCCGACAGACACUGAUGUGCAAUAUGAGUGCCAGGAAGAUCAGGACAACAUUGCUACAUUAGAAGCUGAGAGCUUCAUUAAUGACCAUCACCGCCAUGGAUACAAAUUCAAAUUCGUCUCACUGGACAGUCGCAGUGCAGAGGAGAAGACUGAUCCUUGUGAGGUCGUCUUGGGAAUAACUCUAGAGGAAACUGAGUGCCACAUUGUGAAUCCCAAACCUUUAGAUCAGUGUAACACUAGAAUGGAAACACAGACGAAAGUGACAGCAAAAUGUAAUGUGACCGUCUCCAGUGUUGAGGGAAAAGCAGCUGUGAAGCGCUACAUCUGUGACACCGAACCAGCUUCACAUCAAAUACUUGUGACAAAAUGCCCUGACUGCCCCAGUCUGCUGCCCUUGCAUGACCCGAAGGCUCUGGAGAGUGUGAAAACUGCCCUGCAGAAAUUCAACAAAGAAUCUGAUCACAAGUCUUACUUUAAACUGAUGGAAGUGGGAAGGAUCAGCACACAGUGGAUGUUUUCGGGUCAGAGCUUCUUUGCUCAGUUUGCCAUUAUGGAGACAAACUGUACAAACAAGGAGGCACCCCAGAAUGAAGAAUCAUGCAAGGCUUUAUGUGGGGAUCAGGCUCAGUAUGGCUUCUGUAAGUCCACCAAGGUCGGAAAUGAGGAACCAAUAGUGGAAUGUGAGAUUUAUGAAGCUCAGAACGAAACUCAUCCAAUGAAACACCCUGCUCAGUCAAGAAGAGACUGUAAAUUCCAUGGUCCCCCACCAGGACAUCGCCCAGGACAUGAAGGCCAUGACCACAAGGACAAAUUUCCUGGUCAUAGGGGACGUCCAGAACACACAGGCCAUGACCACAAGGACAAAACACCAGACCAAAGGGGGCGUCCAGAACACACAGGCCAUGACCACAAGGACAAAACACCUGACCAAAGGGGGCGUCCAGAACACGCAGGACAUGACCACAAGGACAAAAAACAUGAUCACAGGGGCCACCCGGAACAUCCACACCUCUGUCCUAAAGGCCCUUCAGGAGUGCCAGAAUCAGCGCCUGAGGGCCGCCAUGAGUUCCCAUGCCAUGGCUUUGUAAAAAUACCCCCCUCUAUUUAUCCAAUCUGCCCCUUCCCUCCACCACGUCUCUGCAGAGGCCCUCCAGACUUUAUACGUCCUCGUCCUCCUCCUCAGUAACUAACACUAAAAUAUAUGGAGGAACAUUCAGAUUUCAUCCCAUGUUGCAGGGUUUGAAAGAGUAAACAUUAAAAACUCCAGAAUGUUCAGUCCAAUAAAUAUUCUUUACUGACA